CAUCGCCUGCGACACCCAAGGACCCGGCAAAGGACUCCGAGGCAGCGGCACUCAAGGACUCGGACUCGGCAGCGGCAACCCUCUCGGCUCCCUUGAUGGUUAUUAUUGAGCUUCUGACAGCAUGAGCGCGCCGUAUGUCCAGUGAGGGCGAGCGAAACGGCCUCCCGAGGCCCUCCCUUUCAUACAUAUCACACGUCCCGCGACCCUUUAUACUGGCUCCGCAUCCCUCGCACCCCCCUUUCUUUAUCUCCCUCGUCUCCCUCUUCCGCUCAUCUGGCCCGCCUCGACUUGUGCGUUCAGCCCCGCCCCGACCGUUUGCGUCCACCCCACGUCAGCCACACAGCAUGUCCUCCUAUCCCACACCGUACCGAUACGAGAAGGCCUACGACGAUGGGAAGAGCCCGUCCAAAGAAGCAGCAACACCUAUGACGACAUCCACCUCUAUCCAUUUUCCCCGCCAUCCCUUUGACCGCGCGCCCAUUGUUGGAGCAUAUCGAUACGCUAGACGCGUCCUCAAUGAGAACCUCUACACACACCGAACACGCGCCUUGCUAUGGCGCACUCUAUGGGCCGGCAUCCAGGUCUCAACCAUCCUCGUCGCCCUCGCGCUUGCCACACCUCCCUUGGCGCUUCGUACGCCCGCGGCGCUCUCCGUCCUCGCUUGGCUCGUCCGCACGCUGUUGUGGUGCGCGCUAAAGUGGUGGAGCUGGAUGCGGCUGUGCGUGUUCCAAUCUCAGCAUCCUCCGCAGCAAAGGGCGAUACUGACCCGCAACCCUCUUUCUCGCAGGGAUCGCGUCCCGGACCACUCGCUCGCAGUGACCUGGCGGCCUUUUGUCAUCGUCUACGAGAGGCCGGAAGAUGACGUUCGAAGCGCACGGAUGAAUUCUGCGAUGGACGUGAUUACCGGAAUAUGGAUCGGAUGGGCGGCGGCCCUUGUGAACUGUCUGCCCGGCUUAUGCGCGCCACAAACGUUGCUUUGGUGGCUGCACAUCGCGUUGUACGCGCCUCAUGUGUUGGCUUACAACGUGAUCCUGGCUACCUAGCUAGUCGAAAGAGCAGGAGAAAUACUAUGUGCCAGGUCAGGGAGGUAUGCUCCUCGAUACGAUGGUCGCAAGGCGGAGACCGGUUGAAGAGCAGGCCGGGGUGCGAUGCGAAAUUCGAUAGUGGGAAGGGCGACUCGAGCCUCAUGAUUUAUUGUAUCUAUCAUAAAACUAUAGGGAUGUACUCUAUCUUCCGCUCUACCAGCCUGCCAACGAGAUUCAGGU